AUGCUGCUACUGGCAGACAUGGACGUGGUGAAUCAGCUGGUAGCUGGGGGUCAGUUCCGGGUGGUGAAGGAGCCCCUCGGCUUCGUGAAGGUGCUGCAAUGGGUCUUUGCCAUCUUCGCCUUUGCCACAUGCGGCAGCUACAACGGGGAGCUCCGGCUGAGCGUGGAGUGUGCCAACAAGACGGAGAGUGACCUCAGCAUCGAGGUUGAGUUCGAAUACCCCUUCAGGCUGCACCAAGUGUACUUUGAUGCACCAAACUGCCGAGGGGGCACCACCAAGGUCUUCCUAGUGGGGGACUACUCCUCAUCGGCCGAAUUCUUUGUCACUGUGGCCGUGUUUGCAUUCCUCUACUCCAUGGGGGCUCUGGCCACCUACAUCUUCCUGCAGAACAAGUACCGAGAGAACAACAAAGGGCCCAUGAUGGACUUUCUGGCCACGGCAGUGUUUGCCUUCAUGUGGCUAGUUAGCUCAUCAGCAUGGGCCAAGGGGCUGUCAGACGUGAAGAUGGCCACGGAUCCAGAAAACAUUAUCAAGCAGAUGCCUAUCUGCAGCCAGACAGAAAUCACAUGCAAGGAACUGAGGGAUCCUGUGACCUCAGGGCUCAACACCUCAGUGGUGUUCGGCUUCCUGAACCUGGUGCUCUGGAUCGGCAACCUGUGGUUCGUGUUCAAGGAGACAGGCUGGGCCGCCCCGUUCCUGCGUGCGCCUCCCGGCGCCCCUGAGAAGCAACCCGCACCCGGGGACGCCUAUGGCGAUGCGGGCUACGGGCAGGGCCCCGGCGGGUACGGGCCCCAAGACUCCUACGGGCCCCAGGGCGGCUACCAGCCCGACUACGGGCAGCCCGCCGGCGGCGGUGGCGGUGGCUACGGGCCUCAGGGCGACUAUGGGCAGCAAGGCUACGGCCCUCAGGGUGCGCCCACCUCCUUCUCCAAUCAGAUGUAGUCUGGUCAGUGCAGCCCGGGAGGACCCCAUGGGUGGGCAAGAGCUCAGAGAAAGCCUGCCCUCCCUUCCCACCCCUACACCCUAGGUCUCCACCCCUCAAGCCAGGAGACCCUAACUGUCUUUGCUGUUUAUAUAUAUAUAUAUAUAUAUAUAAUAUAUAAAUAUCUAUUUAUCUGUCUGAG